UAUGUGGUGCAAUGGGCGUAACUUGACAUUGCUCAGGAUGUUUUUAAGCUUUCUCGAGGGUUACAGAAAAUACCAAUAGUGGUCAUAUAAGGAUUUGUGGCUGUUGGCCUGAAUUAAGACAUGAAGAAAUACAGAGAACGAUGGAGAGCAAAUUCUGCAUUUUGACCGACACAGAAGACCUCAGAACCCUAAUUUCAAGUACCGAAAAUAAUCAGCAAAUUGAAAGGACAAAGACUUUGUUUGAGGAGAUCCGUGCAUCCAUCAACAACAAUGAAGAAGAGGACCGUUCCUUUUGGAGGCCUGUGCUCCCAUGGGGGGGUGUCUACACCAUCAAGGCGGGGAGGAGGGCCAUCUCAUGCACGCCUCUGUAUGUUAAGAUAAGCCUAAAGAACACCUGCACAAUUGACGGGUUCCUCAUGAUCCUCUAUAUAAUACUGAGAGACAACCAUAGCUUUCCCCGAGAGGUGGGCAUCUUUCUGGGCAGGCAGUUUGUAGAGCAUUUCCUCUACCUGAUGGACUCAUAUGACUACACCACCGUUAAGAUGCUGUGGAUCUGGGACAGGAUGUCCAAGAGGCAGUACCGCUCAGUGAUCCACCAUGCAGCGUUGGAGAUCGAUCUGUUUGGUAACGAACAUGAGAACUUCACCAAGAACUUAGAGACAAUGCUGUCCACUAUGCAGGAGAGCCUAUGCACCAACUGGAGCUGUCCUGCUCGCUUCCAGGAGUUCUUACAGAGAACCAUCAACAUCAAUCCUCCUCAUGAGCUGCCCCAUAGAGAUCCCAUUCAGUCAGCGGUGGAGGAGUUCUUCUGUCCCAAAAUCAUUCUCUGCAAAGAACUGGGGUGUAAUGGGUUGAGGGAGUUCUCUCAGAGGGUCUUCUGCCAUGGCCCACCUCCUUUUGUCAUUCUCAACAUGCAGCUAUGGAAGUCUGAGGAGCUGUCCUACGUUCCUUACCAUCUGGCUCUGUCCCAACACAGGUACUCACUGGAAGGUGCCACACUCUUCAACAAGGAAGAGCAUCACUACUCUGCAGCCUUCCAGAUAGACGGCUACUGGAUGCACUAUGACGGGCUGAGGAGCGACAAUCUGAUCCUGUUAAACAAGCCCCCUGAACUCCUGCUGCUCUCUUCCCUUGUCUACAUCCGCGCCUCAGACAAAUGAGGUGCACAAAAGGUCCUGACGGGACACAGAAGGAAGGAGGGAGACACUCGACAGCACUAAUAGAAAGGAAUCUUUCGAAAAUUGCUCACCCUACACUUACACCUUCCUGUCUUUUUGUUGCCCUUAGUUCACAGAAAAAUAACCCUUUACCUUACAUUUAGUUAAUCAUGGUUUUGUCUUCCAUUCCUCAGUGAGAACAUGCCACAACUUUUUUGUUGUUGCACCAAAUCAUAUUUUAAUGACAUGUCAACAACUUCCUUGUUCUGUUUUAUACUUUUAAGAUUAUUUUUGAAAUGAUGUGCUCUAUUUUGCCUUACUGUUGCCUCUGAAACUCUGUGUGCAAAGUGAUAAGUGCGUCUUCUCUUUGGGCAUGCUUGGAAUCCAAGAAUUUAUGUAUGAACUAUAGUAGUUCUGGGCAGGUAUGCAUAUUGAAGAAUGGACUCGAACUUAAAUAGUUUUACUGCGUAAAUGUUUGUUGAAAAGUUUGCUUGCAGUGUGUUCUCUUGGGUGGGAUGGCAUUCAGAGAAGCAAAUUCAGCUAAUUCAACUUUGAUGUAGACUUGUCAACAGGGUAUAUAAGCUAGACCAGCAAAGCUUCUGUGAGAGUUGGUACAAUACUACAAUCUAUUUGUGCAUACCAGCCCUGACUUCAGAUUAAACUGGUGCUUUUUUAAAUACUAUUUCCACUGUGGUUUGAAAACAUUAGAAACCGUUUAAGUAUUGCUUUGUAUGUUGUGGAAAUUCAAUCAUUAUCCUUGAUUUACUUGCUUGUUUUAAAUUGUCCAUUAAGCUUUUUUAUUUAUCCAUUAUUUUA